UCUAAUCUAUGGCCGCAGGCAAAUUAAAAAUCGCUUGUGUAGCGCUCUCGUGCGCGCUGCGCGUUGUUUUACUCCGCAAAAACUGUUUCCAAAUAAAUAUGACCACGAUUUGAUUAUGGCAGUUACGUUUUGUGUUUCCGGGACUUAAUGAACAGCACGAGUAUUGAAGCAAUGUAGUUAAAUCGUAGUUUCAUUCAAUUUCUCGCUUCGCCCACCGCUCGCUUUAUUGUGUACUCAAUACAUCUGUCUAUACAUAAUUUAUAAACCUCUAUAAAAAGGAUUUACUAUCGCCGCGAGUGAUGCAAGCCGCCCGAGUCAAAGAUGAACUGUGUAGUGACUAAAAUAGACUGCCCAUCUUCACUACCCCAUUCAUAUUUAAUGGAAUUUAUAGCACAAAAUGGACGUGAAAGGUUGUAAUCGUGGGUGUGAUGUGAAGUGACCACUUUAUUUAGUUUUGUUUCAUUGAUUUUGUGUUGCAUCAACAUUGUUGAGACAGCAUUUAGUUCUGUGUAUGAUUGAUUACAUCUCCAGUGCCAUGGUGGAAAAAGUAUUCGAGAGUUAACAGCCAGUUAACACUAUGAAUCAACCAGCAUGGAUUUCCAGUACAGUGUCAAAAUCCCAAAAAAGGACUGAAGAAGGUCAAGAAAGACCUAAAUCUCGAAAAACCUCUAACCUUGUGAUAUAUCGCAGCUACGUAAACAUAGGCCUAUUUUAUUAACUAUUAUUAAUUAUAAAUAAUAAUUAAAAAAAAAUAGUUUCGAAAAAUUCCUAAAAUUAGCUUUAGCGUCAAUUAUAAAACCAAAGGAAAAAAAUAUCUUCAUAAAUAUAAAUUUAAAAAAAAAAAAUUGUCACCAAAGCCUAGGUUAAGAUGGCCAACCAGAUGCCGAUAUACAGCCAAGUGGUCCCGAAGUCUCAUAACAGGGGGAAGGGAAAACAGACCAGGGAAAAGACGCAAAGUCGAGAUUUUGACCCCUUAAACUACAACCACGGGGGAAACUUCCAGAUUCUAAACGCCCCCCAAGAAGCCAGGGUGGAGAAGUUGGAUAAACUCGAGAAGAUGGAGAGAAUGGAGAAGAGAGAGCGGAGAAAGGAGGAAACUAGUCGGUCGAGGAAGAGGAAUGACACUAGUGAAGGCAAAGUGGAGGCUUAUUUGAGGCAGAACCAAGUCAGCAUGAGGCAGCAGCAGCGUCAUUCUGUGAGGCAGGCCGAGCAUAGGCUGAAUCUACGAUCUCUCCCACUGAACGAGGUAGCGACUUCCCGGGGCUACGAUCGGACGCCAACUGAUAAGCAGCGCGACCGCGAACGAGACAAGAAUGACUUUGAUGUGACGCCUCUAAGCCCGAACUCUCGCCACGACAAAGCCAACCGUGCGAUGCGCAAGUCCUCCUCAGCGCACAGAGUAGCUGACCACUCCAUAUCUACUGACAAGCGUCGUUUCUUCUGUCGAGAGUGGGUCUUCCAGAAGAUCGCACAUUGCCUGGAGCAGAGGCCUGUCAGCAAGACCUGCGGGGCUCUUAUACUUGGUGAUGCUGGCAGUGGUAAGACAGCACUCUGCCAGGAGCUGAGCGACCCUGGCUCCGGGCCUCAGGCGAGACAGCAACGAGCACUCAACCGGAGACUGCUGGCCAGGCACUUGCUGCAGAGUCACACAGAGAGUAGCCUGCGCCCCUCGGAGUUCAUCCGCUCGCUGGCCAUGCAGAUCCUCAGCCACGGCUCCCGGAGGAAGGGAGGCGAGAGGGAUUCGCCCAGAGAUGAUAACGGUGACACUCACAGGAGGGAUUCCGAGGAAGAGAAGCUGAUCAACCGCUUCAGAGACCUGGCUGGUGAUGAUGGAGAAGAGAGCUCCAAGCCACUGCUGGCUGAUAGCGAAGACCAGCGCACAGACGACGAGUGCUCGUCGGGGCGGCGCACGCGCACCAUAGACCGCAUCCACGAGCGGGAGGCAUAUUUGGACAGUAUGCUUGAUGACGCUGUGCUCAGCCGGGGGGACGAUUUGCCAGAAAUCCUUCCGAGAGCGAAUGUAAAACCCACUAACCCAUUCCUAACGCCAGACCAAAAGGAUGACUGUCGACUCUACGAGAACCACGAAAAUCUGUUCCUUCGAAACAUUUCACAGAGACAGUCGAAAGAGAUUAGGAACUCCCGUUUAGUUCGACAGAGUUCCGAACCUUUGAACGAUAAAAAACCUUCGCUGCUACAAAAGAGUUUGUCUACCGAACAAAAGAGCGAAGAGGAGAAGAAAGUUGAGAAUAGUCCACCGAAAUCAAGGAUUCCAGUCGCCAACUUCCGCUAUCCGAACAAAAGUGAUCUCAAAUUCUCAUCGAACGAAAAUUCUCCAUCGAAAAAGUUCGAGAAUGAAGACCUUGAGAACAAAAACGUACCGGAGAAAUGUACAGAUGGUAACAGUCCUAAUGAAGAGAGACCUGAGGAUAGAGUGACUACGGAGGUCAAAUUGGGCACGGAAGAUGCUGGUGAGUCGAAAGGUGCUGAAGUGAAUGAUGACGCCAAAGAAUUGCCGGAAUACCAGAAUAUUUUAAAACGGGACGUGUUGGAUGAUCCGAAGGUCGAGUUGGAGAUCCUGCUUGAGAAGAAGCGAUCCCAGCACGAUGAUGUACCGCCUCCCAUCCCGAGCUUGCCGGUCAGCGCCCGGACGCUGAUAGCCAAUGCGUAUUACGACAAGCUGAUGGCUGAUGACGAGAUACAACAGGCGUUACUCCCACACAACCUUGAGAAGAACCCUGACGAGUGCUUCAAGAAGGCCCUCCUAUUCCCACUGCUGGAGAUGGACCCGCCCAAGCAGUGCUUGUUCCUGCUGGUCGACGCGAUUGACGAGGGCUUGCAGGCUGGUCAAACGACUGAAGCUUCCGAGUCGAACACAGUGGCUGGUCUUCUGUCUCGACAUCAGCAUCUCUUACCACACUGGCUGCUUCUAGUCUGCACGGCGCAGAGGCACUGCAAGCUCACCACACGGAUGUUCACAGGGUUCAGGAAGAUAGUCCUGGAUGAAUUACAGCGAGCGCACGUGUCCGCCGACGUGCAGAGAUAUGUGCUCGCCCGCCUCGACACUGAACCCAGACUCAGGGCUCGUGUGUCGAGCGACUCGACGGCCGCGGCGGCGGCGGCGGCCGCGUUGGACCAUCUCCGAAUAAAGAGUGAUGGAUGUCUACUGUACUUGGAAAAGGUCCUGGACGGCGUAGCAGACGGGUUCAUAGCUCUCCGCGAGAUCCGUGAGAUCCCUGGUACCCUCAACGGUCUGUACCUCUGGCUGGCACAGAGGUUGUUCCACGGAAGGCGGUUUACUAAGGUUCGCCUCCUGCUGGACGUGCUGCUGGCGGCGCGCUGCGGCGUCACCGAGGAGAUGCUGUACAAAUGCCUGCUGACCAAGGAGUACAGCGUCACCAGGGAGGACUUCAACAGGCGCCUGCAUUUGUUGAGGAGGAUCCUGGUGAUGGAGCGGUCGACGGGCUACCUGUCCAUGUUUCAUCACUCAUUCGCCAAGUGGCUGCUCGACGUGAAGCAUUGCACGCGCAGGUAUCUCUGUUCACUCCCCGAGGGUCACGCCGCGUUGGCCAUGUACUACACGCUGCUGGCCAAGAGGCUCAGCGCGAUGGAGAUCCAUAACUAUGUCUUCCACAUGACACAGCUGGAACAACAUCUUGCCGCGCAGAAGAAGAAACCCGAUAGCGAAGACGACACUCUGGACCUGCACACGAUUAUCCUGUUGUGGGUUCUCGACUCCGGCUGUGACCUGGAGUCAGCGCUGAAGAAGGAGAGUGACGCGCUCCGCGUGGAGAUGUUGGACAACCAGCAAAUCGUUGUGAAAACCGAGGAGAAAGAAGGCGAUCUCGUGUCGGAAGGAAAAGAACAAAAUUUUGAAGACUGUCUGCCAAUCGAGCGUCUGAUGCCGGAGCUGGUGGGAGCCGGUUGUCCUCGCUGGACGGGGGAUGCUCUCGCUUUGAAGGCGCUGCUGUUGCUCCGCAAUGAUGAGGAAGACACACAGAAAGUCAUAGAACAGCCAAUAGAAGCGGAGGAAGCGACGGAAGCGAGCGCGGACGAGCAGGAAGAACCAGUGGUUAUGGACCCCAACUUGGUGUUCGAGCUUGUCUCCAGGGGGGAUGACGAGACCCUUACUGCAUUGUUAAAACGCUACCCACACCUCUCGGAAGCAACGGAUGCUACUGGCGGCACGGCGCUGGGCGCGGCGGCGCGCGGAGGCCGGGCGGGGUGCUGCGCGGCGCUGCUGCGGGCGGGGGCGCGGCCCGACGCCGCUGAUAAUGACGGCUGGAGCCCUUUACGAGCUGCUGCAUGGGCGGGGCACCCUGAGGUGGUAGAUGUGUUAUUGGAGUAUGGCUGUGACGUGGACUGUGUCGACGCAGACAACAGGACGGCGCUUCGGGCCGCGGCGUGGUCAGGCCACGAGGCGGUGGUCUCCCGUUUGCUCCACGCGGGCGCCAGCACGGACGUCGCGGACGCCGAGGGCCGCACGGCGCUGAUGGCGGCCGCGUACAUGGGCCACGCGGACAUCGUGCGGGCGCUGCUGCAGGCCGGGGCGCAGCCCGACCACGCCGACGAUGAUGGCCGCACAGCCCUCUCAGUAGCAUCGCUAUGCGCAUCGGGAGCUGCGUGUGCGCAGUUAUUAUUAGAGCGGGGGGCUAACGUCGCUAAGGCUGAUAAGGACGGCGCCACGCCGCUGCUUGUGGCCGCUUUUGAGGGGCACACCGAGAUCUGCGAGCUGCUGCUGGAGCACGAGGCGGACAUCGAGGCGACGGACGCGGGCGGGCGCACGGCGCUGUGGGCGGCCGCGUCGGCGGGGCACGCGCGCAGCGUGCGGCUGCUGCUGUUCUGGGGCGCCUGCGUCGACAACAUGGACGCCGAGGGCCGCACCGUGCUCAGCGCAGCCGCCGCGCAGGGAAACGUCGAGGUCGUUCGACAGCUGCUCGAUCGAGGUUUGGACGAACAUCACAGGGACAAUUCUGGUUGGACGCCUCUGCACUACGCUGCUUUUGAAGGCCACAUAGAAGUCUGCGAAGCGCUUCUCGAAGCGGGCGCGAAGGUCGACGAAGCAGAUAACGACGGAAAGGGGGCCUUAAUGCUGUGUGCACAAGAGGGGCACGCCAGGUUGGCGGAGAUAUUGAUAGACGAGUGGGGAGCGCCGGUGGACCAGCGAGCUCAUGAUGGGAAAACUGCACUCAGACUGGCAGCCCUAGAAGGCCACUUCGACACGGUCCAAGCGCUGUACCACCGCGGCGCGGACGUGGACUGCGUGGACGCAGACCGGCGCAGCACGCUGUACGUGCUCGCGCUGGACAACCGGCUGGCCAUGGCGCGCCAUCUCAUCGUGCAGUGCCGGGCCAAUGUCGCCGCCACCGACGCCGAGGGUCGCACCCCGCUGCACGUGUCGGCGUGGCAAGGUCACACUGACAUGGUGAACCUACUCAUCAAAGUCGGCGGCGCGCAGGUGGACGGGCGCGACCGCUGCCGGCGCACGGCGCUGCACGCGGCGGCGUGGCGCGGGCGCGGCGCGGCGCUGCGGGCGCUGCUGCAGGCCGGCGCCGACCCCGCCGCCGUCUGCACGCAGGGGGCCACGCCGCUCGGCAUAGCUGCGCAGGAGGGCCAUGAAGAAUGCGUGCUGUGGUUGCUGCAACACGGCGCUGAUCCGUUGCAGGCUGACCACUGUGGCCGCACCCCCGCCAAGGUGGCGUGGCGCGCGGGCCACGGCAACAUCUGCCGCCUGCUGGAGCGCUGCGUGCCGCCCGGCGGGGCCGGGCCCGCGCCGCCCGGCCCGCAGGCCUCCGCCCCGCCCGCGCCCGCCGACCUCGCGCUCCGCGGACACGCCGCCGGUUCCCCCGAGCACAAGCGACGCAGCGUACACAGCUCCAACUCGACGAAAUCGUCGUCCAACAUGUCGCACGACGCGCCCGACCAGCCGCCCGACCUCACACACGACCACGACAGGCCAAACCGAGCGAAUCUAUCCCUCUCUUUCGCACAACAAGUGGCGAGAGUGGGGCGAGGGAGACGCGAAAAGGAACGUGAGAGCGUCAUACUAGAACACCACGUGUUAGAAAAGGAAACAAAACUCAGGAGCUACCUGGCCAACGAGCGCGACAGCGAGCUGCGUGCGUACGCGCAGGCCCGCGAGCGCGCGCGCGACGAGCGGCACGGUUACCAUGGCAACGCCAGCCCGCUCUACGCCUCGCCGCCGCGCAGCCCCGUCAGCGACAUCUGCAGCCCCACGGGCUCUCAACCUCCAAGCCUCUCCAGCGUGCAACCACUCCUGACGGAAACCGACACACACUUCAACAGGGACACGCACAUGCGAAUCAUCCUUGGACGCGACAGCAAACCGCCACAAGAACGAAGCGACAGCGUGAGCUGGCGAGCCCCGCGCGCCGCGUACUCUCGACUAGUGGGCGGGAUUGGUCGCGCUAGCGGAAGAAUAUUUAAGAAAACUAAGAACAAACGCAAUGGUAUAGUGACCAACCCCGCCAUGAGGUUGGUUGCCAACGUUCGAAACGGAUUAGAUAACGCGGCAGCGAAUAUUCGUCGCACGGGCGUGGCGCUAGCGGCCAGCGCGAGCUCUGCCAACCCUGUUGUGAAGACCAACGCCUUCCAAUGGCGGAAGGAGACGCCGCUAUAAUGAACAGGAGGUUCACACGAUCUUCAUAACAUCAUCUCGCCUAAUGAUUGAUAAAAAAAAAGCAAAUUGAUCUAUGUAGUUGUAAUCUUAAAGUCAAGAUUCCUUUAUUCAGCGAAAACAGUAUUAAAUAAAACUUUAAGAAAACGAAACUGAUUAGAAAAAAAAUAGUACAUUUUUUUAGGUGUGAUCUCAAAAUGUUAAUUGACAGUUAAGUGUUUUAUGUUUUGUAAAGUCUUAUUCAGGUAACCAAGGUCGUAUUUAGACGAUCAAUUGCGAUUGACAAAAGUUUUUAUAUUGCUACUUACCGUGUUAAAAACAUUAUAGACGGAAAGCUAGAAGGAAAGAGAGGAAGGGGAAGACCAAGAAGAGCUUACAUGGAACAGAUUAAAGACAAGGUUAACGUAGUUUCUUGUGGGGAAGUCAAGGAAUUGGCCUUUGAUAGACUGGAAUGGAAAAUGCUGCACCGACAAGAGCGUGGCUCUUAAAUUGAUGAUGAUGACUUACUGUGUUAACAAAAAGUCUAACAACAUAACAUAAGCUCACGACAUUAUCCCAAUUGGGGUAGUCAGAGGUACAUCCAUCGCAAGAUGAACUAAGUACCCACACCUCACCGAGCUUUUUGUUAGUUAAGUCCAAAAUUACAUAAAUUUUAUACAAACAAACACGUUUAGUCUCUGCCUAUCCCUACGGGAAAUAAGCGUGAACUUAUACAUAACACCUCCCCUCAAUCAACUGGAGGGGGUAUGGAGCAUACUCCACCACGCUGCUCCACUGCGGUUUGGUAAACUUAUGCUUGUCAAACAAAAUUGAUCGUCUAAGGGUACCUUUUUACAAUAAAAAAAAAUGCAUUUAUGAUUAUUUUUAAAGCAAUCCAUGGUACUAAGUAGUUCACCGGCCAAAUAUAUGUAUAGAUUACCUACAAGUAAGUAUGUAUGUCCUUUUGUAAACCUUUAUAUUGUAAGGAAAAAUAUGACCAGUAGCACGGAACUUAUAUCGCUUACGACGCGGUAUAAGAACCGAUUGAUUCAUGCCACCGCAACGUUUAUCGCGUGUAUAUAUAUAUUUUUUUUGACGUGACUUAUUGUAGAUUUGCCGCAGAUGGCAUUAACUACUUGGCCGGACAAAUGGGGAGCGCUGAAGGCUCUCAUCCGGUCGCGUGUAUAUACGUUCUAGUUGUAUACUCUUUUAAAACCUUAAAACGUAGCAUAAUUAGAAUGAAAGCAGGACAGAGAUAUAGUACAUUGCCUAGAGCGAAAGGGACGAGAGAUAUAUGGAACAGAGCAUAGUACCCUGCUAGCCACAAGUUGGUAGUGUGACUUGGUUUUGGCCUCUUUGGUGACUGCACCAAAGAGGCCAAAACCAAGUCACACUACCACGAGAGACACUGGUCUCUCGCCGCUAAAACGGGCGGGGCACGGGGGUGGGCCACGGCGGGCGAGAUUCGCCCCUCCGAAGGCCCAAUUUCUUGUCCGGGGUGGUACCGCCGCCGAGUCAGCCCACCGGGUGAGACCCUGUUGGGGGAGGCCCAGUGAGCGACUCCAGCCAGGCGGUACAUGUCUGGUCAGAGUAGGUGGCUGGCGAGCUUAACCGGUCAGCUCGAGCCGGCGGGGUCAGUACGGUGAAUUCAGUCCGGUGAGUCCGCCGGCAAGGUCGAAACUAGUGUUGCCGCUCGAUAGUGCCCUAUCGAUAGUUUUCGAUCGAACUAUCGAUAGUUUACCAAAAAACGAUAGUAUCGAUAAUUAAUCGAUAGUAUCGCUCUUCGAUAUUGCGCAAGCUAUCGAUACUAUCGAUAGGCCUAUCGGUUGGGUAGAUGAUUUUGGCUGUUUACUAUCGAUAGUAAAACUAUCGAUUUUUCGGCAACACUAGUCGAAACCGUCAACAAUGGCGGCGGCCUGGGUCGAGUCCGUUGCUGGGUGGGUCGUCGAGCUCUCCUCCACAUCAGCCAGCUCGCGAGGAUACGCUAGGCUUCCAGUCCGGGGGACGAGCGUGGUAUUCGAUCGAAAGGUUAUGUUGGAAGUUGGAUAUAUGCGUCGCGCUGUGCAAACUUCGAUAGCGCGUUCUAGGACUGCAUUGCGCGCCAUCUGUUGGACAUGUGCGGAACUAGCUGGUCAACUAGUUGGCCACAUCUCUUUCGCACUAACGGUAUGCAGCUUAGUAUGAAAGAGACGGGAGAUUAUGUCACUAAUAGGCUAGUUUCCAACUAGUCGAAUCAGUUGGUUUUUACUAAAUGUCAAAACACGAAAUAACUUUGUAUGAGGAGCUCGGUGGCGCAGCGGUAAACGCGCUCGGUCUGCGAUUGUUGAAGUUAAGCAACUUUCGCAAAGGCCGGUCAUAGGAUGGGUGACCGCAAAAAAAAGUUUUCAUCUCGAGCUCCUCCGUGCUUCGGAAGGCACGUUAAGCCGUUGGUCCCGGCUGCAUUAGCAGUCGUUAAUAACCAUCAAUCCUGGGCCCGCGUGGUGGUUUAAGGCCCGAUCUCCCUAUCCAUCCAUAGGGAAGGCCCGUGCCCCAGCAGUGGGGACGUUAAUGGGCUGGUGAUGCUGAUGUAUGAAAAAAAAAACUUGUGACGUCAUAGAGAAACGUGAUAAAAUUUCGGACUACUUUGAUUUUUGUUGCGUCGUUUCGAGCCAUAAUAAAUCAUAUUCCAUUACGCAAAUUCAAAUUCAAAAAUAUCUUCAUUCAGUAGGUAACAUAGUUACACUUUGAAUCGUCAAUUUUUACAUAACGAACUCCGCCUAAAACUACUGCAGCUUCUCACAACCUGUAUACUGCUUAACUGGUCCUAUUUUUUUUUACAACUGAAACUUUUUAAAGCUAGAAAUGACAGUUAUUGUUAAGUUUAAACUGGCAACAUUGAUAUAUCCUUCCAAUGACUGGUCCUCGCUUAAUUUGUCGAUUACUUUAUUGUCCGGGCAAAAACUGAAUGUUUGUAAAUCUACGAAACAUACGAACAUUGACAGGCUUUAUAUAUAGACUUUGUAUAACAGAUAGAUAACCAAUACUUUCAAAAAAGUGUUCAUAACUAUCAUUGUCUGGGGGAUUGUUCGUUGUCUGUCGCGAGGCACCUUUUUCCCAUAGGUGGGCAAGCCAGUUCUGGGAGGUUACAAUGGCCACGUCGAAGCAAUUCAACUAAGAAAGCAAUAUUGCUAUUUGACAUUUGUUCGCAUUGCGCACUUACUUUUAUAUAUGCGGAAAUGUCAAAUUGCAAUAUUGCUUUCUUAGAUGAAUUGAUUCGAUGUGGCCAUUUUAACCCCCCUGGAGCGGUAAAGUUUACCGCACACUGAAUAGGUGAAGCCUACGACAGGUGGAAAUUUGUUGCUUCAUUCAUUUCAAUCCUACUCAACACAACCAGACAAAUAUAAACAUAAACUUUACACUUAAUAAUCUGUUCUUUUCUGAGCCGUGGUAGCCUAGUUGGUAAAACGCAUGCCUCUCACUUUGAAGUCGCAGGUUCAAAUCCAGCACAGGCCUAAACCAAUGAUUGUCGAAUUUGUUUUCGAAUUCAUGUUUGGAUCAUAAAUGAAAAUCGUGUGCUCAGUGGUGAAGGAAAACAUCGUGAGGAAACCCACAUUGCCGAGAAACGCAUUUUCGGAGGUAUGUGACCUAAUCUGUAUUGGGCUGGUUUUCCCUUCGCGGGUUGGAAGUUCAAACAGGCAGUCGCUUCUGUAAAACACCGGACCUGUCAAAUCUUCAGAUUAACGUAUAAUGCUAGGGAGAAGAGAGAAUCUGUUUUUUUCUGACCAUACAUACAAUUGAUGUGAAAAAACUAUGCCCAUUCAUACAAUAAGAAUCAUAAAACCAAUGUUACCAUUUUAUGCUUAACAUUUUUGUUUAUAAUUAUAUAUAUAUACCUAUAUAAAUGAGGAUAAAAACUAGAAGCUCAAAUGUAGGUGGCAGCACUGUUGAGUGUUGCUAAAUUUUGACAGUUCUCCAUACUGUCCAGCUGAAAUUCGUGAUCAACGUGGAGUGUAUCCCGUCUGAAGGAUGAGUUACUACAAAGAAAAACAGCCAUCAGUUGGAAGUAAAGGCAGUUUUGAUUGAAAUUAAGUUUUCUUCUUUCCGAUCUUUAUGGAAUAAAUAUAACACUAUAAUCUUGCAGUUAAACACUGCGCAAAGGGUUAUAGUGGAAAAGUAUAACCAAUACAAUAUGUUUGUUUACUCAAAUAGUAUGGGGAACUGUCAAAAUUUAAGAACACUCAACAGUAGCGACACCUGACGGGAGAAAUGGGCAGUUUUUAUCCUCAUAAUUAUUGUAAAGUCAUAGCGAUCUCAGAUAAAUAAAAAAACUGAUAUAAAUGUAAAAAAAAAUACACAAAUAUCAUGUAAUUAUACUCGUAAUAUUUUUCUAUAUAAAUGCAUACUCAAUAUUAUUAUGUACUAAAUAUUUUAGUAGUCUUAAAACUGUGAACUGUGACCUAUGUUCAUGUGAGCGUGAUGAAAGAAUAACAAGUACAACGUACAGAAGCUUACAUUUUUCAAAACAUACAUAACAUCACGUCUAUAUCCCAAUUGGGGUGGUCAGAGGUACGUCUAUCGCAAGAUGAACUAAGUACCCACACCUCACUAAGCUUUCCGUUGUAUUUUUCAAACAAAAAUAUUGCAGAUUUAACACUACUAAAAAAGUUUGUAAUAUAAAAAAAAUAGGUUACAUAAAUGUUAAAUUUAGUAGGAUUUUAAAAAUAAUUAUGGCAACACCAAUGUGUUGAACGAAUAUAAAAUGGAGGUAAGAUUGACAUUUUAACGAAUUAAAAAUUUAAGAAGUAAAAAAUAUUAAAAAAAGAAAAAUUAGAAUUUGAAAAAUUCUCAAUGGUUAGUCGUAGUGGAUUUUCGGAAUGAAUAAUUGUAAAAUUAUGUAUCCGUUUAGGGGUACGGUCACGAGUACUAAUAUGUAUACACUUUGAAACCAUGUCGCAUUAACAUUUUUGACAAAUUAAACCGUAAGUCUCAUUAAAUAUCAAAUAUGAUAGUGCGACAGGGUUCUAGAGUGGGUACAUGAUAUUGCUCAUAACUGUACGGAAUUCAUACUCCAUUAUUAUGUCACUAAGUCUGAAGAUAUAUACAGAGGGUUUUAAAAGGCCACAUUGAAACAAUUUAUUUAAAUAAGCAAUAUUGCAAUUUGAUAUUUGCGCAUUUAAAGGUAGGCGCACAAUGCAAAUUGCAAUAUUGUUUUUUAGAUCUUCUUAUCGUGUGGGUUGUGAGGUGGAAUACCAACCUCAUCAACCCUGGUGUCAGGGUUAUUGAGACGCCAAAGGCCCCUGACAUGGCUCAUGUAACGUUUACUCACUUACAUCAUUAAAUAGUAACCGGAAUCAACGGCUUAACGUGUCUUCCGAAGCACGAAUCACUUACUUUCGGACAAUCAGGUGAUCAACCUGUAAUGUCGUAACCAAACUAGGGAUCACAAAGUGAUUUUUGUGAUAUGUCCCCACCGGGAUUCGAACCCGGGGCCUCCGGAUCGUGAGUCCAACGCUCAACCACUGCACCACAGAGGCCGCUUUCUUAGAUGAAUUGCUUCGAUGUGGCCAUUUUAAGCCUAGUCUAUUCUGAGUACUUUUGGGAGCUUUGCAUUUAGUGGAAUGAAAUCGAAUGAUUGACCAGUAAAGGUGAAGGAGAAUAUUUUUUUUACUAUCCUUUUUUUAUGCAAAUGUGUCAUAUUUUCGAGGCUAUGUCAUUUGGGUUUAAAAUUGUUAUUUUUUGGCAAUAAUUAAUGUUUUGUAUAUUGUAAUAUAACUGUAAUAGCUGUGUAUAAUCAAUUAUAAUUAUUAUCAUAUUAUGUGAAUAAUGGUGCCGAUGGCAGAAUAAAUACACCUUAAUUUAUUUUAAGUUAUACCUGUCAUUUUCGUAUCCGCCGAAAAGGAAAGGGACCGGUAAUCGACAGGCAUAAAAUUUACACACACGUCAAUUUUAGUAAGAAAAUUUAACAAUCUCAAAAUUUUACUUCAGCUUUCCAUUGCGGCGGGUGAGAAAAUGACAGGUAAUAACUUGAAAUAAAAUUAGGUGGUGUCCGCUGGGAUCGGGUCCAUUAUAUAGUUUAUUUACUGUAAACCUUAUUACUAUUCUAAUCACGAAUCAAUUCUUGCUAUUUCGAGUCAGUAGAUUAAUUUUUUAGCGGUUUUUUUCUAAAGAUUUUUUUUAUAAUAAUAAUACAAGAUUUUAUUCUUUCUUGGUCAGUCUUGCGCAGAAUGGCAGAAUCCCCUUGAAAUUAUUAGAGGCCUUCUAAACCCGCCCUCGGCCCCUGAGACUGCCCUCAAGACCAUGGUCAAGUCCCUGGUUUUAUAUAAGAACUGUCACAUUGACAAGAUCUUGAGGGCAGCCUCGAAGCUGUGAUUAGUUUAUUAAUAUCACCCUGAGUAACCGUUUUUACCCUUUGUUGGUUACGAAUCCCUAAAAAAAUAAACUUUAUAAGAAAAAUACGAUAAAGCCUCGCUCUAAUACUUUAUUGAAAAAAAUAAGGUCGAUAAUGUAGACGCGUAGUCGGGUGAAAAUAUAGAUUUUUAUUUUUAUUAAAACUUAAUAAUACAACAUAAACAGCCUAUAUACGUCUCACUGCUGGGCACAGGCCUUUCCUCAAUCAACCGGAGGGGGUAUGGAGCAUACUCCACCACGCUGCUCCAAUGCGGGUUUGUAGAGGAUUUAAUAAUUAUUAUUAUUAAUAAUUUAAUUUGCGGGUUUAUUGCCAUUUAGCAAUCUCGUUUAGACGUAACUGGUGAAAGAGUAGAGCCGAGAUAAAUUCGGGAUGGUUACAGUUUAUGAAGUUUAUGACACACUUCUCUGCCUAAUCAGUUAUUCAGUCAAAAAAGAAUGACGUCGUUAAAAAUUACACACAUACACGCCUCACGCCAUCAUGCCUAUUUCUCCGUGGGGUAGGCAGAGACCACGGAGUUCCACGCACUACAAAAUACAUACAUAAACUCACGCCUAUUUCCCGACGGGGUAAGCAGACUAUAGAAUUCCAUUUGCGUCGAUCCUGACACACUUGUCUACAAAAAAAUCUUUAGAAAAAAAUCGCCUUUAGUUAUAAUUUGGACGCUUAUUUUGUAAAGAAAUGGCAAUAUUUAUUUAUUUAUAGCAAUUUUUGUAUUUUGUGUGUGUUUGGUGAUAUUAGUCGGUAAUGUAUUAGGAGUUAUUAUUGUGUACGAUUGAUUUGUACUAGCGAACGUAGCCGCGCGUAACAUGUUGUGAAGCAUAACGAAAUAUAUAUAAUUUCUCUUAA